AUGUCUUCUUAUUUUGGUAUAUGUCCAAUAUCGAUAAGUUUAUCAUUGUUUCUAUUUUCUCUCACAACGAUUCUUAUAUAUUCAAUUCUUUCAAAUGCAGAUGAAAAAGGAUUGCCUGACCCAACAUUUCAGAAAAAAUCUACUUCAUCCAACAAUAACAAUUUAAAUCCAGACGUCACCAAUUUUUUUGGUACAAGUAGUUCCGGUUCGUCAAAUAAUUUAGGUGAUGAAAGCGCAUACGAUACUUUAGAAGAAUACAUUAAUUUGGCAAAUCUUUUCGGCACACUAAGAGAUAGGUCAAAUAGUAGAACUAAUGAUAGUAAUCAAGAAUUCUUGGAUAAUUUGAUUUCACAAUUAUUGGAAGAAGCCAAUGCAAGUUCAAGGGGACCCCCACCGGCUAGCAAAAAAUUUAUUCAAAGUCUACCUAUUGUUAAAAAGUCGGAAAUCAAGUCCGAAUGUAUUUUACCCUGGUUGAAGCUUGUAAGUCAUACUUCUAAUAUAUCUCAUUCAAUAAGUUUCACUUUCAAUUUUUCAAUUUUUAUAUUUAAUGGUUUCGAUUUUUGUAAAAAGCAUAACACAUGUCCAAGUUGCCGUCAUGAAGUAGAUUCCGAUGAUCCGGCUUGGAGAAAAAAGCAAUUGGAGUUACAAAGAGCUCAAGACUCUGAAGAAGAAGAUCAGGAUUGGAUGUACGGUUAA